UUACACUCGCCACGUGUCCUCCAUCGCCGUUCCAAUCCACAUUCCCCCCAAUCACCACCCUCCGAUCCGCACGAAUCCCAAAGCCUCACCCCUUAUAUAAACCGCACUCAUCAUUUCGCGUCCUCACACUUUUCCAGAUCCAUCCACCGCUUCAUUCCGUUCCGUUCAAACAGUUCCUCUUUCUCACACUCGUUUCAAUCUCAGAUCCAACACUGUUCAAUCCAAAUUCAAUGGCCAAUCCUGCAACCGCCGCAUUCUCCGCUCUUCUUCUCCUCUUUUCUUUGCUAGUCAACAUCGCCGCCGAAUCGCCGGCGCCGACGCCGGCGCCGCAUUUGUCACCGUCUUUUUCUCCUACUCCGUCGUCGUCACCGUCGCCUUCUAACGAUGUCACUCCUGCAUCGAACCCUUCCCCAGCCGGUCCACCGGAAUCUCCAUCUCCGGCGCCUUCUCAUCACGAUUCGCCGCCGUCUCCUUCGCCGGGGAGCACUCCUUCUCCUUCUCCGGCUCCGAAUACGACUCCGGCGGAUGCAGGAGGUGACGGAGUUAACCGCUCCAACGUGGACGGCGGCGACGGUAAAUCGUCCUCCUCCGGCGGAGGAAUGAGUUCCGGCAAGAAAGCGGGGAUAGCGGUGGGAGUGAUCGUUGGCGCCGGCGUGGUGGCGUUGGGAGCAGUGGUUUACAAGAAGCGCCGGCAGAACAUUCAACGGUCGCAGUACGGUUACGCGGCGAGGAGAGAACUUCUGUAGGUUCGGCACCAUUGAUUCAUCAUACUAUUCUAGUUUUUUUGUAUUGUUUUAAAUUUGUAUUCGAUUGUAGAGUAUAUUCAUCUAUUCAUGAUCUCUGAAUGAUUUCAAUUUAAAUUUCAUUUUACAAACUA